CCGCCGCCCGGGCUCAGGGACACCCGCCGCACCGUGCGAGUCCUCCAGCCGCUGCCAACAAUGUCCGUGACCGACUCUGAGGAGGUUGAAGAGGAACAAGGACCGUACCUGGGGGAAUAUGAAGGGGAUCGGAAUGAAGCUGGUGAGAGACAUGGGCAUGGGAAGGCAACGCUGCCUAAUGGUGACACGUAUGAAGGAGAGUACGAAAAUGGCAAGCGAAAUGGAAUGGGAACAUACAGAUUCAAGUCCGGAGCUCGCUAUGUUGGCUUGUAUUCUAAUAACAAGAAGCAUGGUCAGGGGAUAUUCUAUUACCCGGAUGGCUCUAAGUAUGAAGGAAACUGGGUGGAUGAUCAGCGGAAUGGAGAAGGAUCUUAUUUCUAUCCUAAUGGUGAUGUUUACAAUGGAGAUUGGGUCAGUCACCAAAGGCAUGGACAGGGAGUCUACACCUACAAGCAGUGUGGCUCCACAUAUAAAGGAAGUUGGGUUGGUGGAAAACAAGCAGAGGCUGGAGAGCUGAUCCAUAUUAACCACAGAUACCAGGGCACCUUCCAGAACAACAAUCCUAUAGGACCAGGAAAGUACAUUUUUGACAUUGGCUGCGAGCAACAUGGUCAAUAUAUACAGACAGAAGAGCAGGUUUCAAAGAAGAGCAAAGAGAAACAGCCCUCAAAGUCAGCCCCCAGCCCGAGCUUCCGACCAUCCCCGAUUGAGGAAAAGAUAGAUGAAGAGAUGGAAGAUGAUGAAGAUUCGGUAAAUGUUACUGUUCUGAAGUGGAAGGCUGAGACGCUUACAGGAUUAACAACGUACUCGCCAGCAUUGAAUGCUGAUACGAAGGUGGAAAUCAGUUUGGUUGAUUUAGAACCUAAGACUUCAACGGAUGAAGUUAGGCCGUCUGUCAGCCUCACAAAAGAAGCACAAGGUUUUAUUAGCCCAGGUGGCACUGUUGGAGGCAACAUUAGCCCACGUGGAGGCAACAUUAGCCCAGGUGGCACUGGUGGAGGCAACAUUAGCCCACGUGGAGGCAGCGCUACCCCAGGUGGCACUCGUGGAGGCAGCACAACCCCAGGUGGCACUGGGCCAGGUAGCGUUACACCCCGUGUAGAAGAUGAAACCAAAUUGACCAAUGACUGAAAUCUGACCGCUUUACCAAACAGCAGUAGCAGACUGCAGGAUUGAAAUAUGAGGGUUGUCACAGAUUUACUGUGGCAAAAAUACAUGAAAGAGCAGCAAAAAAAAGAAGCUAAGCAAGCAGCUGAAUUGAUGUUUGCAUUUGAUGUUUGCUGCUCUUAGCAUUUGUUGUUUGCUGUUUUAAUAGUUUCAUAGCUGUAGUGUGUAAGAUGGUGUGUGUGUAAUGUAUAAGUUCAGCUAAAUUCAUUUUCUCAAAAAUAAACAUUUGCUAACCA